AAAUGGCGCGUCAUCUGGCGGAAGCUUGGUGGCACUAGUGCAAAUUUCCAAUCGCGGGAAUGCUUUUUGUGGAAGUAAUCAUAUUAAAACUAAUAGUUACUCAGCCACACUUUGCGUCUUUUCUCAAAUAAAAAGGUUAUGUGGUUUAUUUACUAAAAUUAAACCAUGGGUAGACCAAGAAAAACCGCACGACAGCGGUUCAAGGCGCCGGCUGGGAGCAAAUGGCCUCCUACGUUCAAGCUGGGGUGGUUUACAGCCGGUAAAAUUUGUCUGGAGGAGGUGGCAAUCAACGACGUUGUUUUGAGGGUGCCCCUGAAGGUCCACACUGGUCGAGAACCGAAGAGAAAGCGGGGGCGGCGGCCGCUGCUUGGGAAACGUACAGAAAAAAGUGCUACAAAGUCGAUUGUUAAAAGAGAUACUCAAAGACCGCGCGAAAGAGCUAUAAAGGUGCUCCGGAAACGAAGGCGGCGACCCCUGCUUAAGAAACGCCUAGUACAAAGUGUUGGACGAAGAAGGCGGCCAAAGCAGGUUCAGGAAUUUCCUGUUAAUGGAAAGAAAGAUCUCAUAGUCAGCGAAGUUGGUAUUCUUGACUGGAAGCAGCAACCUGUGGGUUUAAGGCGUUUGGUGACGAAUCUCAAGUCUAGUGAAAGGAGAAAUAGUGAGUCUGUGUUUCGAAACGGGGAAAGACGAACGUAUUUGCCAGCGGUUAAAAAACUGGGCAGUGCAAAGUUGAAAAAUGUGGAGUUUAGUUUUAGUGAACUGGCUCAUAGUUUGGAUCAAAUUAAGUUUCCGUCGUUUGAUUGGAAAGUCUCAAUGAUUAGCAAUCGCGACGUCCAGACUGAGCUUAGAUUUUACAAUACAGUGAAACCAAAAAGUGUUAGUUUUUCCCAACAAAACCUCGACUUUAAGAUUGCAAUAGAUAAAGUACCCGUUGCGUUACUAGGCUGCCCUGAAACUGUUGAAUCUCAAAGAGAUAUCGAAAUUUUAUUAGAAAUCGUUAAUAGAUUAGGCCUACAUGACUGCAUGGUUGCAAAGAUGUGAUUUUAUUUAAUUUCUUACUUUUAUAUUUCGAAUUUUGGUUGCGAGUUUUUCCCUUACCAUAUUUUUAUAACCAACAUUAAAAAAAAUAAGUUCCGACUAGUUUUUGUUUCAAUAAUGUCACCCAAGUGUCAUGUCAUGUACGUCACUUCUUAGCCUAAUCCCGCCAACCCUCAUUUUAGGUCUAACAAUUUUUUCCUACUACUCGUACGUCCUCCACUUUUGCGUCCACAUCAUAGACAGUGUAAUCAAAAAAACAAGUUACCUCUUCGUCUAUCACGUGACUAUCCUCAUGUUCCUGUGGUCUUUCCUUGCAACGGCGCUCAAAAAACACCACUCGAUCCCAGACGAGUACCGCCUGAGUCUGUCCGAACAUUCCCGACUUCUCAACUACACCGAAGACGAAGCUAACGCUAUUUUGAAAAAGUUGGUGCGCUUGCGCAAUCUAGAACUGUACACUUGUGGCCCCCACGGCCGACCUCGUUACUGCAAGACUUGUAUGCUUAUCAAGCCCGACAGAGCCCAUCAUUGUACAAAUUGCCAGAGAUGUAUUCUCAAGAUGGACCAUCAUUGCCCAUGGGUGGAUAACUGUAUUGGGUUUAGUAAUUACAAACAGUUCAUUUUGAUGCUGUUUUACACAACUCUAUGGUGCGCUUUUUAUGCUGGAACCGUGGCUGAAUACAUUAUAGAUCUCUGGAAAGACAUUCACACAAAUGUCAGCAAGCUCAUUGUCGGAAUCGGAUUUUUAUGUGCGGCAUUUUUGGGGAUGGUGAUUUUGUUCUUGUUUGUUUAUCACUUGAAGUUAGUUUUUAAAAACGAGACUACGCUUGAAGCGCUACGUGAUACAACAUACUAUCAAGACAAUACGACUUUUGACUUGGGUCAAUGGUCGAAUUUUACGGAAGUUUUCGGCGAUAAUGUGUGUUGUUGGUUGUUUCCGGUGACAAGUGGGAAAGGAAAUGGUUACGAGUUUCGGGUGAACAGCCUGAUUUAAAGAAGUGGCGGUGAUGCUUUAAAUUUUAUUCACAUUUAAACAAUAAUAAAAUCGUAAAACCCA